UAUUUUGAAAUCCUUAACCGGAAAUUGUACAAUUCAACACGGGGAUGGGCGGGAGCCUAGACAAGCCAAAGGCAAAAAGGAGGAUAACGGGAAACGGCCCUGUUUUGUGGAAAUACAUCAAACUGAGUGGAACGCGGGCGACCGUUUGGCCUCUACGCUCUAAAGUGGCUGAGGACAUCUUUAUAGAAGAAUGCUGGUCAGGAAGUAGAUGAAGGUGUCCACUAUCGUUUUUUUUGGAUCCUGUGAAGAAGUUGCUUCUGUUUCCCACUUCCACUCGGCUCCACAGAGAUGGCAAACAUGUCCCCGUAUGGCCUUUUCACCCACGCCGUGGUACGGGGCAUCCCGGAGACCUUUGGGAAGGCGUUGGGAGACAAUGAUGAGAACAAGGAGGUCUCAGUGGACCUGGCCAAGGCUCAGCGACAGUUUGGGUGUCUGACGGGGGCUCUGAGGCAAAAAGUGGGCCUGCAGCUGAUCGAGAUCCCACCCGACCCGGAGCUGCCAUUGAGCUGGAAGAUAGAGGACGUGGCGGUGAUCCAAGGAGACACGGCGCUCAUCACCAGGCCCUUCAGAGAGCAGCGGCGUAGCGAGGUGGAGACGGUGCGGAGGGUGAUGUCGGAGCUCAACCUGACCGUGGUGGAGAUGGACGCCGUGCAGGGAACCUCUGAAGGGGCCACACUGGAGGGCAGCGACGUCCUCUUCACGGGGAGGGAGUUCUUUGUCGGCAUCUCCUCUCAUACCAACCACAAAGGAGCCGAAGUGCUGGCUGACACUUUCAGGGACUUCUCCGUGUCCACCGUGCCAGUCUGCAGCGGAGCCCGACUGAAGAACAUCUGCUCAAUGGGAGGCGCAAACACCAUCAUCAUCAGCAACAGCAACGGGGCCAAGAAGACUCUCAGGAUGAUGGAGCAGCUGACCGAUCACCACUACGAUAUCGUCACCGUGCCGGAGCAGUCGGCAGCCAACUGCAUUUACAUAAAAUCUCAAUCCAAGAGAGACUUCCUGCUCCACAGGCCGGCGGAGGAAUGUCCCGACAGCGUCCCUGCCUUCCAGAAGCUGCAAGACUACACCUUCUUGCCGACAGCCUGCAGCGAAGCCGCCAAACUGGGAGCGUCGCUGUCCUCACUUUGCCUCCUCGUCAAUAAGAAGUACACAUAUUUCUGAUUGGUCCAAAAACCAAGGUAUGAUGGCGGCCUAACCGCCAACUGUAUACAGCACUACAGUAAAUGACAGUACAGCUUGCAUUUGACAGCUGUUAUACUAUGCAGUGUAAUGCUUGUACAGUAGUUUGCAAUGACUUACCUGCUCCAUUUCUUGCUGAAUGUAUUACCCAUAUGAGGGGCCAAAGUAACGGUAAAGGUUUUGUAAAGUUAGCUUUUAUAGACCUGAUUGUGCAGAAGUACCAACUGAAGGUGAAUUCCAGCUACAUUAACCACUUCCUGUGUGUACAAAAUACAGAAUGUAUAAUGCUAACUUACUGUAGAUGAUGGUGUUAAAUGUAUUGAGGCUAAAUAAAGAAAUUUCUAAGCCACUGA